UUUAUUACAAGACAAGCUCACUAUAGACCCAAGGGCAUAGGGACUCAGACUUUGACGUGCUAACUUCAUUCAUGCGCCCUGGUCAUCUAGUUUAAGCCCUAGGCCCUUGGGCUAACCAGCCCUAAAAAUGGAGCCCGGAGACGAGGGCAAGGGCCACCAGCUCACUGCUGAUGCGACAUGCAUUGCGUGGGUCCGGUCAAAGCUCCAGCUCCUGAAGCCGGAGAGCCUGGGGGAUAGCGAUGGCGCGGAGUGGCUGUCCAGCGUGUGGCACAACGAUGUGCACACGCCGGUGGUCUCGACUUUCCUCAUGAGCGUGAAGGCCACGCGCAUGUUCGCCGCCCUGGACGGAGGGCACGAGGGUGGGAGCAGCCCUAAGCUGGUGCUGGCACUGGAGGUGCCGAAGCAGUUUGAGCAGAUGGUGUACUUCGUCCGUGACCCUUCAAAAUUUGUGACGCGCGAGAACGUGGGCAGCGUCAUUUUCUUCGGAGUCAUGCGCGGUGGCGACCCGCUGCACUCGCUGCUCAACAUAAUGCACGGGCUGUACGUUCCUGUGGUGGUGGCCAACACAACUUGGCCAGAGACUGUAAAGAGCGACUUCACGGCCCAAAUGCACAAGUUCAUGGCCAACCUGACGGAGACGGUGUACGAGGUGAAGGGAAAGACCAUCCUGUACAUCCCGCAGGAGGACCUGCGCGACCCAAAGGCGGCCGCCAAACAGAAGGACCUGGUGCAGCGCCUGGAAUCCACCAUCAUCCACUGGACGCGGCAGGUCAAGGAGCUGCUCAACCAGCAGGACAGCGUGGACGCGUCGGAGCAGGCGGGCCCGCUGGCGGAGAUCGAGUUCUGGCGCGAGCGCAGCGUGGACCUGUCCGGCAUCCGUGCGCAGCUGGAUGACGGCGCGGUGUCCUCCAUCGUCAGCGUGCUGGAGUACGCAAAGUCCAGCUACCUGGCGCCGUUCCUGUCGCUGCGCAACCUGAUCCACCGGGAGGCGGUGGCGGCGGAGGACAACCUGAAAUUCCUGCUGUGCCUGGAGGAGCCGUGCCAGCAGCUGGCGUCGGCGCACCCGCAGACCAUUCCCAGCCUGCUGCCGCCCAUCCUGAACUGUAUCCGCAUGGUGUGGAACCUCAGCCGCUUCUACAACACGCCCGAGCGCCUCUCGGUGCUGCUGCGCAAGCUGUCCAACGAGAUCAUCAACCGCUGCUGCUCCGUCAUCUCCCUGCCGGACGUGUGGAGCGGCGACGUGGACAAUGUGAUGGUGGCGUUGCGGCAGAGCAUGGAGGCGGGUGAGCGGUGGAAGGAGCUGUACAAGCGCACGGCCGCGGCGGUGGCGGUGCGCUCGCCCAAGCCGUGGGACUUCGACAUCUCCUCCAUCUUCGCGCAUAUCGACGCCUUCCUGCAGCGCUGCAACGACUUGCUGGAGGUGUGUGAGGCGCAGCUGCAGUUCGCGCCGCGCACGCCGCUGCCUGUGUUUGGCGGCACGUACGGGCCCGAGGUGAAGAAGAGCAUCCUGGACAUUCAGGAGUCCUUCCAGGGCCUGGUGCAGGGGCUGCAGGCGCUCAAGUACGACAUCCUGGACGUCAAGGCCACCCGCUGGCACGACGACUUCAACGGCUUCAAGGGCGGCGUGAAGGACCUGGAGGUCAUGAUGGCCAACGUCAUCCAGCGCGCCUUCGACACACAGCCUUGCCUGGCCGCGCGCGGCGAGCUGCUGGAGGGCUUCCAGACCAUGGCCAAGCGCGACUACAUUCGCCGCUUCGUGGAGAAGAAGACCGUGGAGUUCUUUGCGCUGUUCAAUGCCGAGAUUAACACCGUGAAGAAGCUGUUUGACGCCGUGAAGCGCAGCCAGCCCAAGAGCCCGAUCCUGCCGCGCUACGCCGGCCUGGCCAAGUACGCCAUGAACCUCAUGCGCCGACUGGAGCAGAGCCACAAGGUGGUGGACUCGGUGCGCUACACGCUGCCGCAGGUGUCGGAGGCGGCGGAUGUGAUGCAGCAGUACGAGCUGGCGCACCAGGCCAUUGAGCAGUACAUCAGCAACACGCACAACGACUGGUUCAGCACCAUCGAGAGCUCCAUCGCCAAGGAGCUGCAGGCCUGCCUGCUCACGCAGGACAAGGCUUCGGGCGGCCUGCUGUCCAUGAACUUCCACAAGGACCUGCUGUCCAUGGGCCAGGAGGUGCACUUCUGGGAGCGCAUGCGCCUGGCGGUGCCGCUGGUGGCCAUGGAGAUCAACGCGCAGCGCGAGAAGUACCGCGUGCUGCGCGACAACAUCCUCAUGGUGGUGCGCGACUACAACAAGAUCCUGACGGCGCUGGACAAGGAGGAGCGCAAGCUGUUCCACGACCGCAUCCGCUACCUGGACCGCCGCAUCAUGCCCGGCGUCACCAAGCUGCAGUGGACGGCGGACAAGCACGCACUGGAGUUCUACUACCGCGAGGCCCGCAAGUUUUGCCGCGACGCGGACAUGGCGGUGGGCGACUACAAGACCGCCAACUCGCGGCUGGACGCCAUCUGCCGCUCCAUCAGCGAGCUGGUGUUGGUGGACGUGGAGAAGAAGAAGAUCUACCAGCACGCCGAGUUUGCCAACCUGCAGGAGUCGCACCACGCCAAGAUCAAGGACCGGCUGGUGUCGGCGGUGGACGAGAUCCGCGACAUCAUGGCCAGCAUACACCGCGUGUUCGAGCAGGACAGCGAGGAGGUGCAGCGCGAGUGGGUGCGCUUCACGCAGAAGGUGGACCGCAAGCUGGAGGACGCGCUGCGCCACGUCAUCAAGAAGUCGCUGCAGGAGCUGAGCCGCCUGCUGAACGGCGACAACAAGACGGAGGUGAUGCCCAUCUUCCACGUGACCAUGGUGCUGGAGCGCACCAACCGCGUGGAGCUGCGCCCCACCAUCCAGGCGCUGUUCGACACCAUCAACUCCGUGGCGCGCAACCUCAUCCUGGUGCUGCAGUCCGUGCCGCGCGUGGCGCUGCAGCUGACAGACAAGCAGCGCCGCGACAUGGAGGAUGCCGGCCUGCCGCUGCCCAAGCCGCUGCCCACGCUGUACGAGACCAUCAGCGCGGAUGAGGACGCCGUGCUGCGGACCAUUAUGCAGAUCACGUCGGGCAUCACCUCCAUCAUCGACAAGGUGCAGGCCUUCCUCACCUACUGGGAGAAGAAGUACCGCCAGGUGUGGGAGGCCGACCGCGACGCCUACAUCCGCCGCUACGAGAAGGCGCAGAAGCCGCUGUCCUCCUUCGAGGCCGACAUCAGCCGCUACCUGCAGUGCAUCGACGAGAUCCGCGGCGAGGACGGCGCCACCAACAUGCGCUUCCUGCGCAUCGACUGCGGCCCGCUCAAGCUGACGCUGGUGGGGCACUGCGAGGCCUGGGUGUCCAAGUUCACGGGGCUGCUGGGCCAGCUGGCGGCCACGGAGCUGCGCACGCUGCACACCUACUUCAGGGAGAACAAGGACUCGCUCAUGCUGGCGCCCAGCACCUUGGAGCAGCUGGCGGAGCUGGUGGGCCUGCACCGCCGCCUGGCAGACGAGCGCCGCCGCACGGAGGCGCGCUUCGAGCCGCUGCGGGACAAGUACAAGCUGCUGGAGCGGUACGAGGUGGGCGCCAAGGAGGAGGAGGCGGCGCUGCUGGAGGGCCUGGAGCCCGCGUGGACGCAGUUCCAGGCGCUGUUGGACGAGACUGCUGGCAAGUUGGAGCGCUACAAGGACAACUUCCGCGAGAAGGUCAAGUCGCUGCUGGACACGUUCCUCAAAGACGUGGCGCAGCUGUGCGAGGAUUUCAGCCGCGAUGCGCCCUACAGCUCCGAGGUGCCCACCCCAGACGCCUUGGACUUUAUCCAGGCCUCUAAGCAGGCGGAUGAGGACACCCGCAAGCGGGCAGCGGAGAUCAAGAAUGGCAUGGACAUCUUUAACAUCCCGCAGCCACAGUACAAGGACCUGGCAGCCAUGGAGAAGGACCUAGACUUCCUGGAUCGCAUCUGGGGCCUCAAAGACGAGUGGGAGCAGCUGUACUAUGGCUGGAAGGACGGCUCCUUCACUGAUAUCAAGGUGGAGGAGAUGGAGGAGGCGGCUGUGCGCAUUGGCAAGAACGUGGCCAAACUGGGCCGCGACAUCCGGCAGUGGACGGUGUGGAGCUCGCUGAAGGACACGCUGGACGCCUUCAAGCGCACCAUGCCGCUCAUCACCGACCUGCGCAACCCCGCCAUGCGCCCCCGCCACUGGCAGAACCUGCAGGAUCACAUCGGUGUCAGGUUCGACCCGCACAGCCGCGACUUCACGCUGGACAGCUUGGUGGCCCUGCGCCUGGACCAGCACGUGGAGUUCGUGGCGGAGCUAAGUGUCAACGCCACCAAGGAGUUGGCCAUUGAGAACAACAUCAAGGCCAUCGCCGCCACAUGGUCGGCCCUGGGCCUGGACAUGGCGGAGUACAAGUCCACCUUCAAGCUGCGCAGCACGGAGGAGAUCUUCACCAGCCUGGAGGAGAACAUCGUGACGCUGUCCACCAUGAAGGCCUCCAAGUACUUCAUUGUGUUCGAGAAGGACAUUGCGUACUGGGAGAAGACGCUGAGCCACAUCUCCGAGACGAUUGAGAUUAUUCUGCAGGUGCAACGCAACUGGAUGUACCUGGAGAACAUCUUCAUUGGCAGCGAGGACAUCCGCAAGCAGCUGCCGCAGGAGAGCCAGAUGUUUGACGCCGUGCACAACAACUUCAUGCGCCUCAUGAAGCAGCUGUACAGUACCGCCAACUGCCUCAAGGCCUGCACGGCGCAGGGCCUGCUGGAGUCCUUCCAGGACAUGAACAACAAGCUGGAGCGCAUCCAGAAGUCGUUGGACAACUACCUGGAGAACAAGCGCCAGCAGUUCCCGCGCUUCUACUUCCUAUCCUCUGACGACCUGCUGGAAAUCCUGGGCCAGGCCAAAGACCCGCUCAACGUGCAGCCGCACCUUAAGAAGUGCUUCGAGGGCAUCAAGAAGCUGGACAUGCACCUGCCUGGCGAGGACCGCAAGCAGACCAUCAGCGUGGGCAUCACCUCGCCCGACGGUGAGUACCUGCCCUUCGCCAACCCCGUGAUCACGGAGGGCCGGCCCGAGGAGUGGCUCAACCGCGUGGAGGACGCCAUGUUCCUCACCACCAAGAAGCACCUGUACAAGGUGCUGGAGGAGUCCAAGGCGCAAAAGAAGGAGAAGUGGGUGAAGGAGAACCAGGGCCAGAUGAUCAUCACUGCUGGCCAGAUCGUGUGGACGCACGAGUGCGAGAAGGCACUGGCCGACGCUGACAGCGCGCGCAAGAAUCUCAAGCUGCUGAAGAAGAAGUGGAUCAGCUACCUUAACAAGCUGACCGCCGUCACGCGCUCCAAGCUCAACAAGAUUGAGCGCAACAAGGUGGUGGCGCUCAUCACCAUCGAGGUGCACGCGCGCGACGUGAUUGAGAAGCUGGGCAAGUCCAACUGCUCCAGCACCAACGACUUCGAGUGGGUCAGCCAGCUGCGCUUCUACUGGGACCGCGAGAAGAACGACUGCAUCGUGAAGCAGGUGCUGUCGGUGUUCUACUACGGCUACGAGUACCAGGGCAACAAUGGCCGCCUGGUCAUAACGCCGCUCACCGACCGCUGCUAUAUGACCCUGGGAGCGGCCAUGUUCACGCGCCGCGGCGGCAACCCGCUGGGCCCCGCCGGUACCGGCAAGACGGAGACGGUGAAGGACUUCGGCAAGGCGCUGGCGCGCUACGUGAUUGUGUUCAACUGCUCCGACGGCGUGGACUACAAGAUGACUGGCAAGAUGUUCAGCGGCCUGGCGCAGACGGGCGCGUGGGCGUGCCUGGAUGAGUUCAACCGCAUCGAGGUGGAGGUGCUGUCGGUGGUGGCCACGCAGAUCGCUGCGGUCAUGCAGGCCAUCAAGGAGUCCAAGAAGCGAUUCCUGUUCCUGGGCCAGGAGAUCCGGCUCAACCCCUCUUGCGGCAUUUUCGUGACCAUGAACCCCGGCUACGCCGGCCGCUCCGAGCUGCCCGACAACCUCAAGGCCAUGCUGCGCCCGGUGUCCAUGAUGGUGCCGGACUUCACGCUGAUUGCCGAGAUCAUGAUGUUCAGCGAGGGCUUCUCCUCCGCCAAGGUGCUGGCCAAGAAGAUGAUUGCCAUCAUGGAGCUGUCGCAGCAGCAGCUGUCCAAGCAGGACCACUACGACUACGGCCUGCGCUCGUUCGUGAUCCCCAUCGCGCGCGCCGCCGGCUCGCUGAAGCGGCUGGACCCCGAGGGCAGCGAGGAGGUGAUCCUGUACCGCACCAUGCUGGACCUGAUCAAGCCCAAGCUGGUGUACCUGGACCUGCCGCUCUUCAUGGCGCUGCUGUCCGACCUGUUCCCGGGCGUGGAGCUGCCGCCCGCUGACGGCGGCUCGCUGCGCCGCGCCAUUGAGGCGGAGCUGCGCGAGUCCAACCUGCAGAUCGUGCCAGAGUUCGUGACCAAGAUCAUCCAGGUCUUCGACUGCAAGGUGGCGCGUCACGGCAACAUGAUUGUGGGCCGCACCGGCUCUGGCAAGUCGGAGGCGUGGAAGUGCCUGCAGCGCGCUCUGGGCCGCCUGCGCAAGGAGGAGCCCGAUGAUGACCGCUUCCAGAAGGUGCACGUGCACACCAUCAACCCUCUGGCGCUGUCCAACGACGAGCUGUACGGCUGCUUUGAGGCCGCCACACACGAGUGGCAGGACGGCGUGCUGGCGCGCAUCAUGCGCACAGUGUGCAAGGACGAGACGCACGAGCAGAAGUGGAUCCUGUUCGACGGCCCCGUGGACACGCUGUGGAUUGAGUCCAUGAACACCACCCUGGACGACAAUAAGCUGCUCACACUGCUGUCGGGCGAGCGCAUCGCCAUGACGCCGGCUGUGUCGCUGCUGUUCGAGGUGGAGGACCUGAGCCAGGCCUCGCCCGCCACCGUGUCGCGCGCGGGCAUGAUCUACCUCAACGUGGAGGACCUGGGCUGGCGGCCCUUCAUCACCAGCUGGCUGGCCGCCAAGCAGGCCGCGCCCGGCGCCGAUGCCGCCAUCAUCGACCAGGUGUCCAAGCUGGUGGACAAGUACAUGGAGGCGGCGCUGGAGCACAAGCGCCUGCACUGCCGCGAGCUGGUGCCCACCGACCGCCUCUCCUGCGUGCGCGCCUUCACGCGCCUGUGGGACGCGCUGGCCGUGCCCGAGAACGGCGUGGGCACCAUGCCCGUGGACGAGUCCGCCGGCCCGCCCGGUAGCAAGGCCGCCGCGGCGGCUGCCGCUGCCGCUGCCGCCGCCGCACCGCCCGAGGAGACCAGCGGCGGCACGGGCGGCAACCUGGUGGAGAUGUGGUUCCUGUUCUGCCUCAUCUGGGGCAUCGGCGGCCCGCUGGAUGAGGAGGGCCGCAAGAAGUUUGACGCGUUCAUGCGCGAGAUGGACACGCGCUAUCCCAGCUCCGACACCGUUUUCGAGUACUUUGUGGAGCCCAAGGCCAAGAGCUGGCUGGCGUGGGAGACCAAGCUCACGGGCGCCUUCAAGCCGGCGAUGGACCAGCCCUUCUUUAAGAUCCUGGUGCCUACGGUGGACACCGUGCGCAACCGCUUCGUGGGCUCGGCGCUGGUGCGCGUGUCGCAGCACACGCUCAUCGUGGGCAACGUGGGCGUGGGCAAGACCAUGAUCGUGGGCUCGCUGCUCGAGGGCCUGCCGGGCGACCGGAUGAGCUCCAUGACCAUCAACUUCUCGGCCCAGACCAGCUCCAACAGCCUGCAGGACACCAUCGAGGGCAAGCUGGAGAAGCGCACCAAGGGCGUGUUCGCGCCGGCCGGCGGCAAGCGCCUGGUGUGCUUCAUCGACGACCUCAACAUGCCCCAGAAGUCCAAGUUCGGCUUCAUCCCGCCGCUGGAGCUGCUCAAGCUGUGGGUGGACAACGGCUUCUGGUACGACCGCGCCAAGUGCGAGGUCAAGCACAUCAAGGACAUGCAGCUGCUGGCAGCCAUGGCGCCGCCCGGCGGCGGCCGCAACGCCUUCUCGCAGCGCGUGCAGGCCUGCUUCGCCACGCUCAACGUGACCGCGCCCAACGACAAUCAGCUCAAGCGCAUCUUCGGCACCAUCCUGAACGCCAAGCUGGCGGACUUUGACGACGAGGUCAAGCCGCUGUCCGAGCCCAUCACCAUGGCAACCAUCGGCAUCUACCGUGCCGUUUCCAAGGAGCUGCUGCCCACGCCCUCCAAGAGCCACUACCUGUUCAACACGCGCGACCUGGCCAAAAUCAUCCAGGGCAUGAUGCAGGCCACCAAGGCGUUCUACAACAGCAAGGAGGAGGUGCUGCAGCUGUGGUGCCACGAGUGCAUGCGCAUCAUUGCCGACCGCAUGUGGGACCACGCCGACAAGGAGUGGCUGGUGCGGCAGCUGGACGAGAAGCUGGGCACCACCUUCAGCACCUCGUUCGGCACACUGUUCGAGGCCUACAAUGAGACCGUGCCGCCCUUUGUCACCUUCAUGCGCCAGAACGUGGACGUGCCGGUGUACGAGGCAGUGCGCGACAUGGUGGCUCUGAAGGACCUGCUCACCGAGAGGCUGGAGGACUACGCGCUGGAGCCCGGCCACAGCGCCAUGGAUCUGGUGCUCUUCCGCGACGCCCUCAGCCACGUGUGCCGCAUCCACCGCAUUCUGGGCCAGCCGCGCGGCAACGCCCUGCUAGUGGGCGUGGGCGGCAGCGGCCGCAAGAGCCUGGCGCGGCUGGCGGCGUUCGUGGCGGAGCUCAAAUGCUUCACGAUCGAGAUCACGAAGAACUACCGCCAGACGGAGUUCCGGGAGGACCUGAAGGGCCUGUACCGGCAGGCGGGCGUGGCCAACAAGCCCACGGUGUUCCUGUUUGAUGAGACGCAGAUUGUGUACGAGACGUUCCUGGAGGAUGUGAACAACAUCCUGACCAGCGGCGAGGUACCCAACCUGUUCCCCAAGGACGAGCUGGGCAGCGUGCUGGACGAGCUGCGCCCCGCCGCCAAGGCCGCGGGCGCGGGCGAGACCGCGGACGCGCUGUACGGCUUCCUGCUGGAGCGCGUGCGCACCAACCUGCACGUGGUGCUGUGCCUCAGCCCCGUGGGCGAGGCCUUCCGCGAGCGCUGCCGCAUGUUCCCCGGCCUGGUCAACUGCACCACCAUCGACUGGUUCACUGAGUGGCCGGCUGACGCGCUGUUUGAGGUGGCGCAGAAGCAGCUGAUGGACGUGGACCUGGGCAGCACCGAGGUCAAGACCGCCGUAUGCAAGGUGUUUGUGACGGCGCACCAGUCGGUGGAGAACACCAGCGCCAAGAUGUUCGCCGCGCUCAAGCGCCGCAACUACGUCACGCCCACCAACUACCUGGAGACGGUGCGCGGCUACAAGGGCCUGCUGGCGGAGAAGCGCACGGAGCUGGGCGAGAAGGCCGCCAAGCUGCAGGGCGGCCUGCACAAGCUGGACGAGACGUCGGUGCAGGUGGCGGCGAUGAAGAAGGUGGCGGAGGAGAAGAAGGUGGUGGUGGCCCAGGCCAAGGCCGACUGCGAGGAGCUGCUGGUGGAGAUCGUGCAGGACAAGCGCGUGGCGGACGAGCAGGAGAAGCAGGUGAACGCCGAGGCCCAGAAGAUCGGCAAGGAGGCGGAAGAGGCCAACAUCAUCGCGGCGCAGGUGCAGCAGGAGCUGGACAAGGCGCUGCCAGCGCUGCGCGAGGCGGAGGCGGCGCUGGAUGUGCUGACCAAGAAGGACAUGUCGGAGCUCAAGGCCUACGCCAAGCCGCCCGAGAAGGUGGAGAUGACGCUCAACGCCGUGCUCACAGUGCUGCGCCGCCCGCCCAACUGGGACGAGGCCAAGAAGCGCCUGUCGGACGCCAACUUCAUGCAGAGCCUGAAGGAGUUCGACAAGGACAAGCUGGACGACUCGCUGCUUAAGAAGAUCGGCAAGUUCACCGCCAACCCCGACUUCACAUACGAGAAGAUCAACACUGUGUCGGCAGCGGCGAGCGGCAUGUGCAAGUGGGUGCACGCCAUGGAGACGUACGGCUAUGUGGCCAAGGACGUGGCGCCGAAGCGCGCCAAACUCAAGUCGGCGCAGGACACGCUGGCGAGGAAGCAGGCGGCGCUGGCUCUGGCGCAGGAGCAGCUGGCGGUGGUGCUGGCCAAGGUGCAGGCGCUCAAGGACAAGUACGACACCUCCAUCGCGCGCAAGCAGGCGCUGGAGGAGGAGCUGGCGGACCUGGAGGGCAAGCUGGAGCGCGCGGAGAAGCUGGUCACGGGCCUGGCGGGCGAGCGCGUGCGCUGGGAGGCGUCCAUCUCAGAGUACAACAUCGCGCUGGGCUGCCUGCCCGGCGACGUGGUGGUGGCGGCUGCCUUCAUGAGCUAUGCCGGCCCCUUCCCAUCCGAGUAUCGCGACGAGCUGGUCAAGCACACCUGGCUGCCGCAGGUCAAAGCGCUGAACAUCCCUGCCUCGGAGCACUUUGACUUCGCGCUGUUCCUGGCCAACCCGGCCAUGGUGCGCGACUGGAACAUCCAGGGCCUGCCCUCCGACUCCUUCUCCACCGAGAACGGAGUCAUGGUCACGCGCGGCCGCCGCUGGCCGCUCAUGAUCGACCCCCAGGGCCAAGCCAACAAGUGGAUUAAGAACAUGGAGGGCCGCGGUGGGCGGCUCAAGGUGCUGAACCUGCAGAUGAGCGACAUGGCGCGCCAGAUUGAGAACGCCAUCCAGUUUGGCCAGCCGGUGCUGAUGCAGGACAUCCUGCAGGAAAUUGACCCCAUCCUGGAGCCGGUGCUGGCCAAAUCCUUCAUCAAGCGCGGCAACCAGACGCUGAUUAAGCUGGGCGACAAGGAGGUGGACUACAACUUCGACUUCCGCCUCUACCUCACCACCAAGCUGGCCAACCCGCUGUACACGCCCGAGAUCUCUACCAAGGUCAUGAUUGUCAACUUCGCGGUCAAGGAGCAGGGCCUGGAGGCGCAGCUGCUGGCGACAGUGGUGAAGAACGAGCGGCCCGACCUGGACAAGCAGAAGAAUGACCUGGUGGUCAAGGUGGCGGCCGGCAAGCGCACGCAGGCAGAGCUGGAGGACACCAUCCUGCACCUGCUGUCCACCGCCACCGGCUCGCUGCUGGACAACGUGACGCUGAUCAACACGCUGGACCAGUCCAAGACCACCUGGGAGGAGGUCAACGCCUCACUGGCCGUGGCGGAGGAGACGCAGAAGAAGAUUGAGGCGGCUAGCCAGCUGUACCGACCUUGCUCGGUCCGGGCCUCGGUCCUGUACUUCGUGCUCAACGACCUGUCCACCAUCGACCCCAUGUACCAGUUCUCGCUGGACGCCUACAACGACCUGUUCCUGCUGUCCAUCAAGAACAGCCCCAAGAAUGACAACCUGGCGGAGCGCAUCAAGUCGCUCAAUGACUUCCACACCUACGCCGUGUACAAGUACACCUCGCGCGGCCUGUUCGAGCGGCACAAGCUGCUGCUGUCGCUGCAGAUGUGCGUGCGCAUCCUGCAGACCGCCAACCAGGUCAACACCGAGGAGUGGCAGUUCUUCCUGCGCGGCGGCACCGUGCUGGACCGCUCCUCGCAGCCCAACAACCCGUCACAGGAGUGGAUCUCGGAGGAGGCCUGGGACAACAUAACCGAGCUUGACGCGCUGCCCAACUUCAAGGGCGUCGUGUCCAGCUUCGAGUCCAACCUGGGCGAGUGGGAGGCCUGGUACCGCAAGGGCGACCCCGAGGCCUCGGAGCUGCCCGCCGAGUGGGAGUCCAAGUGCAACGAGCUGCAGCGGCUCAUCCUGGUUCGCUGCCUGCGGCCUGACCGCGUCAUCUUCGCGGCCACUACUUACGUGUCCAACGCACUGGGCCGCAAGUACGUGGAGCCGCCCGUGCUGGACCUGGCGGAGACGCUCAAGGACAGCACCGCGCUGUCGCCGCUCAUCUUUGUGCUGUCAGCGGGCGUGGACCCCACUGACAACCUGCGCAAGCUGGCGACGGAGAAGGGCAUGACCAGCAGGUUCUUUACUGUGGCUCUGGGCCAGGGCCAGGCGCCCACCGCCACCCGCCUCAUUGAGGACGGCCUGCGCGAGGGCAACUGGGUGUUCCUGGCCAACUGCCACCUCAUGACCUCGUGGCUGCCCACGCUGGACAAGAUCAUCGAGGGCUUCGAGACCAAGCAGCCGCACGAGAACUUCCGGCUGUGGCUGUCCUCCAACCCGUCGCCGUCCUUCCCCAUCGCCAUCCUGCAGCGCGGCAUCAAGAUGACCACGGAGCCGCCCAAGGGCCUGCGCGCCAACCUGCUGCGACUGUACAACAGCGUGUCGGACGCCAGCUACGCGCAGUGCAAGACGCAGAUCAAGUACCAGAAGCUGCUGUUCGCGCUCACCUACUUCCACUCGGUGCUGCUGGAGCGCCGCAAGUUCCGCACGCUGGGCUUCAACAUCCCCUACGACUUCAACGACACCGACUUCUCCGUGUCGGAUGACCUGCUCAAGUCCUACCUGGACUCCUACGAGCAGACGCCGUGGGACGCGCUCAAGUACCUCAUUGCCGAGGCCAACUACGGCGGCCGUGUCACCGACGAGCUGGACCGCCGCGUGCUGGCAUCCUACCUCAACAAGUUCUACUGCGAGGACGCGCUGGCGGUCCCGGGCUACCUGCUCUCGCCGCUGUCCACAUACUACGUCCCUGAGAAUGGCCCGCUGCAGAGCUUCAAGGACUACAUCCUCACGCUGCCUGCCGGCGACCGGCCGGAGGCGUUUGGCCAGCACCCCAACGCGGAGAUCAGCUACCUCAUUGAGGACAGCAAGGUGCUGCUGGACUCGCUGCUGAGUCUGCAGCCGCGCACCGAGGGCGCGGCCGGCGGGGCGGGCACCCGUCGCGAGGACGUGGUCAUGGCCAUUGCGACGGACCUGCUGGACCAGGUGCCGCAGCCCUUCAACCUGGAGGAGGUCAUGAAGGCCAAGGCCGACGACCCGUCGGCGCUGCACGUGGUGCUGUUCCAGGAGGUGGAGCGCUACAACGCGCUGCUGGUCGCGGUGCGCCGCAGCUGCGUGGAGCUGCAGCGCGGCAUCAAGGGCCUGGUGGUCAUGUCCGCGGACCUGGACCUCAUCUUCGAGUCGCUCUACGCUGCCAAGGUGCCCGCCGCCUGGCUCAAGACCUACCCCUCGCUCAAGCCGCUGGGCCCCUGGACGCGCGACCUGCUGCAGCGCAUUGAGCAGCUGGCCACCUGGGUGGAGGAGACCUACCCGCGCGUGUACUGGCUGUCGGGCUUCACCUACCCCACGGGCUUCCUAACAGCCGUGCUGCAGACCACCGCGCGCAAGGCGUCGGUGCCCAUUGACACGCUGUCUUUCGAGUUCAGCAUCAUCAACCUGGACGAGCGCGAGAUCAACGCGCCGCCCAAGGAGGGCGUGUACAUCAAGGGCCUGUUCCUGGAGGGUGCCGGCUGGGACUUUGAGAACGGCUGCCUGUGCGAGCCCAACCCCAUGGAGCUGAUCGUGCCCAUGCCCAUCCUGCUGUUCCGCCCCGUGGAGAACAAGAAGCGCACCGCCAAGGGCAUCUACACCUGCCCGCUGUACCUGUACCCGCUUCGCACAGGCACCCGCGAGCGCCCGUCGUUCAUGAUCAACGUUGACCUGCGCUCGGGCAGCGCCGACCCCGACCACUGGAUCAUGCGCGGCACGGCGCUGCUGCUGUCGCUGGCCACGUAAGGGCGCGGCAUGCAAGGAGGAUGGCUUGAGAAGGAGGAGGAAGAGGAGGAGGAUAGGCGCAGGAGCGUUGUGCUAUGGAAGUGGUUAGGUAGGCAUGUUCAUGUAAAGAAGAGGCUGUGACCUGGCCGAUGAAAAGUUGACUUGGUUUGUUCGUGACAAGAGGGCUACCACUGCAUUACGUAAUAGCUGAGCUGCUUGCUAUCAUAAGAACACUGGGCGUGAUAAAUGGACCUGAGACUGUGUGGUACCGUACGGUAAUAAUGCUCCCAUAGAGACGUACUGAUGGGCAAGCUUAGCACCUGCGUGCGCACGCAAUUCAUGGUCUUCUUGGCUUUCUGUUUGGCACAGCGAACAGUUGUGGCAUCCUUCUGAGAGGAAAAGCUUGUUAUGCUCCAUUGAAGGCACUGCUGGCGGCGUAAGGUUAAGUGCAACUUGCUACCGUAAUGUAACAGCUUCAGGAU